CCGUUACGGCCAACAAAGGAGACGGAGUAUAUUCCGUUACCCACACGAUGAAGAGAUUCACGGAGAAUUCGGCGAAACAGAAGGUACUUUGAGAAGAACGUCAUCCAUUCAUGAUGCUCCACGAAAAGGUUAAAUAGAGCAAGUUUUCUUUCAAUCUUCUUACCAAAAUUCCCCAUCUCACAUUCCCAUAAACCAGAUCCCCACCCACUUAACCCCCAUCAUGAAGCUCACUGCAUCUUUCGCUGCUUUGGCCACCGUGCUCUUAUCUGCCGUCACGCUUGCUGCACCAAACCCAGCCAGCUUAAACCAAAAUACAAUCCCAUUAAACAAGAAACGUGAUGCUCUUUUGGUUCCAGGUACAAAUGAAGUUGACUUUACCAAAGUUCGCGCUCAUUUGGAUCACGUAAAGGCAAAAUACUCGGACAAUUUACAAGCUUUUAAAUCAAACACGGGUAAUACACAUCCAUUACAAUCUAAGACUUUCGAGCCAUUCUCGAAAAGAGCAGGAACUGGAUCAGUCAGCUUGACAGAUAUUCAAAACGAGGAAUUAUGGUCAGGACCAGUCAAAUUCGGAGGACAAACAAUCUACGUCGAUUUCGAUACGGGAAGUGCAGAUGUGAUUGUUAACCACAACUCAUACACUCCAGGCCCAACAGCCAAGAACACAGGUCGUACUUUCCGUACCGCUUACGGAGACGGCACUACGGCUUCAGGUCCCGUCUACACGGACACAUUUUCAAUCGGUGGUUUAAGCGCCAGCUCUGCCGCUUUGGGUUGGUCAAGCAAUCAAUUCUUGACUGGAGAAUCACCAAACAAUGGUAUCGCUGGAAUGAGCUACCCAUCUUUAGCAACUUUAGGCUAUCCACCAUUCUUUGACACAUUGAGCAAAGCUGGUGCAUUAGCUAAGAAUGUUUUCACAUUCACGCUCUCAAAAGGAACAUCUACUCUUUAUCUCGGUGGUGUUGACCCGAAGGCUGGAACGCCAACUUACGUCAAUGUUGACUCUUCCCAAGGCUUCUGGACUAUUGACAGUGGUUCGAUCGCUGGUGUCUCUACCGGAUCGAUUCAAGACACAGGAACGACGGUUAUUGUUGCACCAACAAACACCGCACAAAGUAUUUUCGCAAACUUGCCAGGUGUGACGCAAUUCCAACAAGAUGGUGCUUACUACGGUGCUUACAACUGCAACAGUCCGCCAAAGGUAACAAUUAAGUUAGGUGGCUACUCUCAAGCUUUAUCUUCCGCUACGACGUCAUUCGGUACCACGAAUGAUGGACAAUGUGUUUUGAGUGUGGUGGGUGAAGAUAUUGGUUUAGAUAGUGUUAUUCUUGGUGAUUCAUGGUUGCAGAACGUGCAUGCUGUGUUUGACCGGGACAGUAACCGAGUAGGAUUCAGUAGGCAGUGAAGGGGUAAAGCAGAAUAGGGUUUAUUGUGAGAAAGCUAGAGAGUCAAUGAGAUUUAUGAAAAGCGUGUGUGAAAAGUGAGAAAUGUCAAUGUGACAUUCAACUCACACGUUAAAUUGUAUGACAGGGUGAGCGAUGUGGAAGAGGACGAGGAAGACGAGAUUUUACGAUCGGGGAGAAAGAGGUGGUUGAGUUUAUGGAAUUCGUAAGAGCUGAAAUAAGGAUAUAGGAUAAGAGGAAACAGAAGUAAGAAAUAUUAAGCACUUAUUUUAACCCUAACCCUAACCCUACCUUACCUAUAAUACUAACCCUAACCCUACUUUACCUUA